AUGUCGCCAUCAACGUCUCACAUAGCUAGCCAACUGCGGCAGCUGAUAUACUACCAUCUGGACAAUAACAUGGUCCGAAACGCGCUCUUCCUCGCCGGCCGCUUACACGCAUACGAACCUCGGACCUCAGAAGCGUCGUACCUACUAGCCCUGUGUUACCUGCAGAAUGGUCAAGUGAAAGCAGCAUGGGAGACGAGCAGGAAUUUUGGCACACGAGGGACACAUCUGGGGUGCUCGUACGUUUACGCUCAGGCAUGUUUGGAUUUGGGGAAAUACACGGAUGGAAUCAAUGCGUUGGAACGGAGUAAGGCGCUUUGGGCUUCGAGGAAUCACUGGAACAAGCACAGCGAAACGCGAAGACAACACCUGCCAGAUGCCGCCGCGGUAAUAUGCCUACAAGGGAAGCUAUGGGAUGCCCACAAGGAACAUAAUAAGGCAGUGGAAUGCUACGUCGCAGCUCUGAAGCUGAAUCCCUUCAUGUGGGACGCGUUCGUCAAUCUCUGCGAGACUGGGGUUGAUAUGCGGGUUUCGAAUAUCUACAAGAUGAACCCGGAAUUGUACAGUAUGGUGUGCGCUGGGUUACAGGAAGAUUUAAGAUAUUCGUCCGACAGGACUGCACCUCCAGAUGGGCCGCUACAAGCACAGGCGAAUGUGAACCCGAGCACGGAUCCGUUUACAUCUGGCAUGUCUCGCAACGAUUUUUCGACUCAUGGAAGCUCGGCCUUGUGGGAAAAGUUGAACGGGAGUACGGUUAGCGUUGCGUCUGCAGGGACCGCGCCGAACAUAAUGCGGGAAGGCAUGGAAACACCGGGUGGCCAGAGCAGCGAGUCCGACGACCCUCGUGUAACCAACGGAAGCGGCGGCGCGGAACACUCGUGGGAUCCGCCAUUUGCCCCGGCCAAGAAGAACCGAACAAUACAGACAAUUGGCGCCGAUCACUCAAUGGAUCCACCACCAAAGAUGAGACCUACAGGUAUUCGGCCAAGGUCGCGAACGAAGCCCGAGGCAGAUGAACAGACCACGGAAAGGGACGUGACAGUGGGGCAUCGGAUUGGGGAUCGCAAGCGAACUGUCUCUGGGCAAGUUGCGCAUUCUUCCACGUCGCAUUCGGCGGAUCAAGGCCCAGCGCAGCGGCGGAGUGUGCGGCUCUUUAACCAAAUAAAGCCGUCGUCGAACAAAAUAUCGAGUACUGCAUUGGGUGUGAAGGAUGGUCGAGAAGUGAAGAAGGUGAGAGCUACCGGGACAAAGGGGCGCACAGCGACUACAUCGGGUGUAGACCGCGUGGUUAGCGGCGGCAAUCGCAAAUUUGUCAGCGACAUCCACGACAGCGACACCAAAGAAUACCGUGGGACAUCAUCGACUUCAAGCGGAUCCCAAAACUCACUUUCCAAGGUCUCUGCAUCGGAGCGGUCCAAAGCGGUGGAGGCCCUAGGAUGGCUUUUGGAACUGUUUUCCAAACUUGCCACUGGCUACUACUAUCUCAGUCGGUAUAGGUGCUCGGAUUCUAUCCAGGUUUUCACGUCUCUUUCCCAAGGUCAACGGGAAACACCUUGGGUUCUUGCCCAAAUCGGCCGAGCGUACUAUGAACAAGCAAUGUAUGCAGAGGCCGAGAAGUACUUUGUACGAGUCAAGGCCAUGGCACCCUCUCGUGUAGAAGACAUGGAGAUCUACUCGACAGUACUGUGGCAUUUGAAGAACGAUGUUGAAUUGGCCUAUCUGGCUCAUGAGUUAAUGGAAGUCGAUCGUCUGUCGCCCCAGGCAUGGUGUGCAGUUGGCAACUCAUUUUCACAUCAACGAGAUCAUGAUCAAGCCUUGAAGUGCUUCAAGCGAGCCACUCAGCUAGACCCGCACUUUGCAUAUGGUUUCACGCUGCAAGGCCACGAAUAUGUCGCCAACGAGGAGUAUGACAAGGCACUGGAUGCGUAUCGGAGCGGUAUCAGCGCUGAUAGUCGGCAUUACAACGCCUGGUACGGAUUGGGAACGGUUUAUGACAAGAUGGGCAAACUCGACUUCGCCGAACAGCAUUUCCGCAACGCUGCGAAGAUCAACCCCACCAAUGCCGUGCUGAUUUGCUGCAUCGGUUUGGUGCUCGAGAAGAUGCACAACUUCAAGGCAGCGUUGGUCCAGUACAGCCGAGCUGCCUCUAUAGCUCCUCAUUCCGUUCUUGCUCGCUUCCGCAAAGCUCGCGUAUUGUUGAAGUUGCAUGACCUUAGGACUGCGAUCACAGAACUGAAGAUCCUUAAGGAUAUGGCACCGGAUGAGGCGAAUGUGCACUACCUUCUGGGAAGGGCCUACAAGGCGCUCCAUGAUAAAGCCAACUCGAUCAAGCACUUUACCACUGCUCUGAACCUCGAUCCUAAGGCAGCACAAUACAUCAAAGACGCGAUGGAAGCCCCCGACGAUGAAGAAGAGGAUGAAGAUGAUAUGGCUUAG